UAACUUCCGUUUCAUGCCGACAACAACGACAGAAGCCCCAGUCUUUCUAUAUAGGCUGCAAAAUGAGCACAUGGUGAACUGUGACACUGAUCUGCUUUGUGCCUUUCAACGAUGUAGCUUUUCAACCUGCGUGCUUUUUUUGCGGCAUACGUUACAAGGACAAUAAAGAUGAACAAUCAAGGAAUCAUGUCACAAGAGAAGAUGGAGCUGGAUGUGGACAUCCCGUCGUCGCUUGUUCAGAGCGAUGGGCACUUGAGACGAUCUAACAGCGAACCCAUGAUAAACGGCCUGAGUGAUGCUUCUCAGGUGUUCCAGAGAGAGGUUCUCCGCAGCAGAAGAAACAGUACUACUGUUGUCCGACCCAAUGUGGUUCCAUCUUCACCAGUACGUGUUCCUAGCACAAGACUGCAGAGGAUCAAACAGGAAGAGGGUGUUGAUGUGAUGAACCGUGAAACUGCUCAUGAACGGGAAGUGCAGGCAGCCAUGCAGAUGAGCCAGUCUUGGGAGGAGAGUCUUAGUCUGAGUGAUAAUGAUCUUGAGAAAUCUUCAUCGUCAUCUCCGAAGCGGAUUGAUUUUGUGCCUGUGUCUCCUGCUCCUUCGCCCACCAGAGGGAUCGGAAAGAAGCAGUGUUUCUCUCCGUCUCUUCAAAUCCUGGUGACCAGUAACGGAUUGACGCCCAGCCCUGUUCCCAGCCCAACACGCCGCUUCAGCAGGAGGAGUCAGAGCCCGAUCAACUGCAUCAGGCCUGGUAUUCUGGGCCCUCUCAAACGCAAAAGUGAAAUGGAGACAGAAAGCCAUCCCAAGAGACUCUUUCAGGGAACCACCAACAUGCUGUCCACAGAGGUGUCCCACUUGCCUGAACUUAACACCUGCAGUCUGUCUCCGGAUCUUCUGGAUGGGAGUCUCAGUAGCGUCGGCUCCUCCUCCGACUCUCCCGCCAAGAUGGAAGGAGUGUCGCCCUCCUCCAGUAACUCGCUUCAGGACCUCUCCCCUAAGUGAUCCGCCGAGCAUCACGUACAUCACAGGAGGACUGGGCCGCUUCUCAGGCCCUUUUCUACUCGUUUUACUUUUGUUCCCAAUGCCUUUCCAAAAUGGCUUUCGUUCUUUUCCUGAAUUGUUCUGUUACAUUACAUUUAAAGCGAGGCGUGAGAGUUUUCCGUGUGGGACAGACCCUAAGGGCAUGGAUGGAAAGACUGUGGAUGUUUUUUGCAUCAGCUGCUAUAAAUAGAUGUAAAACAUGGUGUAUAGAUCUGUAUCAAAGCGAAGGACAUCACGGAGGAGGAUCGUGGAUUUUGUUUUUUGUUUUGUUUUUCUUUCUGAUACCGCUUCGAAAAGAAAACCGCUGUAAACAGGAGAACAACUACAGGCACGUUCUUUGAUUUGCAAUCUCAGCUUGCCAACCAGUAUUGUGUGUGAGAAUUUAACUUAUUUUUUUGGCUUUUAUUUGUAUGUAAGUAUGUACAUAAGAUUCGUGGCAAAACGUGCAGAGGCAAAGAGCUCGACCGGGAAACUGACAGCCGCCUCUUCUGCAGUUUUAUUAGCGGUGCAACUGCACUUUAAAGGGGCAGAAUUUCAUUUUGCGCUUAGGUCUGAAUCUGCUUAUGUAGUUUUUCAGGAAUGGCCUUUUUUUGAUUUUCAAGUAGGUGGAGGAAACUUAUUUUAUUUUUUUUUUCAGAUCUUGGCACUUCAUUCUCUGUUAGAAUGAUAUUCAUGGUUGCUAUACACAACUACUGCAGAUGGGAUUUAAUAUUGCAGCUGUUGGUAACCACUAAACCCUCGAUUUGAACACUACAGAGAAACUAAACUGCCUGUUGAAGCUGGUCAACCUAAAGACUUGCGUACAGCCAUGUUGUCAGAGAAUGGAGCAAAACAUCCGGGGCUGAGAUGAAUGAUGUCCCGUGUAUGUUUUAACUUUUCACACAGUGGCUUUGCCCCGUUUGUUAUUCGGGAAGGAUUUGGAGGAGAAUGCAAUGCUCUCUACAGUUGCAGUUAAACGCAUUUUCAGAGGCUGUUAACAAUCAUACGUUUGGCAAUGUGGAGCAGAAGUGCAAAGAAAUGAAACCCUCUCAUCAAAAAUGUUAUUUGUGGAGUUUUAAAUGUAAUCUACUGAUACCGAAACGGUGUGCCAUUUAAAUUUGUAUAUAAGAGAAAUGUACAACUGUAAUAGGAGGAGUUCUUUGUUUGGGGGUGUAGUUACUUUAGGAAAUAGUAUUUUCUUUUGUAAAUGGUUUCCUAAAUUUCAUUACAAGAAAUUGCUUUAUUUCCUCAAGCAUGAUCUGAUGUAUCAUAAAUUCAUUUUUCUGUGCAAGAAAGUGAUUGUAAAAUUUUUUUUUUUUCAUUUAAGUGAAUUGAAAGAGUGAGGGGGUAAGAAAAGUGACACCGCAGUGUAAAUCUUUUUCUGAAUGUCUUUGCAAACAAAAAUACAGUAAGUGGGUCGUGUAGAUCCAGGUUUUGGCCUGUAGUGAUGGGUGAAGUGUAUUUGUAGUUUGCUCUGCUGGUUUAUUUUUUGUCCUGUGGACGUGUCGAAUUCUUUAUUUAAUGAUUUUACUCUGUCCUGUCGCCUCGUGCAGUGCUUUUAAAGCCUUUGCACAUGAACUCUGUCGAGGAGGACUUGAGUGCUGUCAUGAGGACGUGUAGUUGUGCUCUCUGAACAAAUCUUGUUCCCAUCAUAUCAGAGACUUCCAGAUGUCAGAAAUAAAUUAUUUGUCCAGCUAUUUUGUUGCCUUGUCUUGUGAUAUCAAACUUACCUGCUGUUGAGUCUGGUUGUCUUCAAAUACA